AUGAGCAGUGACGGCCCUGAUAGUGAGCCAUCACUGUGUAAAGUGUCAUUGACGAAUGCGGAACGUCGGGAAGUCGAUGCCAAGGGCAAUCUGUUCAGUAUCAUCAAAGCAGUUGAUGCGGUGGAGAAAGCCUUUGCCACCGGCCUCAUUGGAGACGAUAGCUACGAGAAGCAGUAUCAACUACUCCUAACACAGUACAAGGUCAUCACGACCGCCUUGACACAAGGCGCUAGUCCAUUCGAUGUGGAGAAGUUUAUUAAGGACAAUCACAUGCAGGUCCACUACGCUAGAGUACGUUUGCUUGGCACGCAGUUGCCGGCCACCAAGAUGUAUCAUAGCGGCGAGAAGGGUUCUCCCGAUACUGUACACAUUCUUGACGCUGGGCAGAAUUUUGUCACCUUAGUUGAUUGCCUGAAAAUGGAGAUGGUAUCAGUUGACGACCUACUGCCUAUAGUAAGAGAGCUCUGUGGCAGUUUGGCUAGUAUAUCCUCUUUACCUGUUGACUUCGAUGCUAAGGUGAACAUCCAGAAGUGGCUUACCAAGCUCAACUCGAUGCGUGCUACUGAUAAGCUGUCAGAGGAGGACGCAAGACAAUUCUCUUUGGAGCUGGAUGGUGACUAUGCGGCCUUCCAUAAAGCAGUGCGGGACAUACGGUACUCUUUCCGUAUAACGAAUACAGGGCAGCUGGAGCAUCUCUAUUGGGGACCGAACAUUCCACCAGAGGACGACUUAACUUUCCUCUCCCUCAAUUCUCUUACUAUGGCGAGUCCCUUCGAUCCAACGGGACAAGCUGAGCCUGUUGGGAUUCGAGAAUUGACGUCGGAUACUGGCAAAAAGCUGAAGAUCGAUGACUUGAGUGAACGGUGGAAAACGUACACAAGAGAGGCGAAAAGCGGUGUUGGAGAGGAUGUGAGGCGAGAGAAUGCUUUCUGGCGGCGCUGGAGGAUGGCUCAACUUGGUCGUGGGGACCACUCUAAGGCUGAUGAUGACGAAAACAAUACAAUUGACAGCGAGCCGUGUGAUGAGCGUGCUCCAUUGGAGUACGGCACUGAUGAUAAACCCAGGGUGCAUCAGCACGCCCGUCGCCAGAGGGGAUUUACCGCUGGUGUGCCACCAUUGGAGAGGUUGAAGUCCUUCGGCCCAGGGAGGAGGCCCUCGAUGUAUGCUGAGAGCCCCACUAGGUCUGAGGACGAGGCGGGCAGUACUCAUGUUACACAGCAGAUCAUGGGUAAGAACUCCCUCAUGUUGGAAUAUAGCGACUAUGGUACGGGAGACUAUAGACUACCCAGUUUCAAGGUACGGUAUAAUGCUGAGUCUGCAUUGGGCCACAGUGAUAUCUCCCCUCUGGAGUAUCGUGAUCAUAUCAUAGUCCGAGGCAAGCCUUCCAUCGUGGGUGUACAAGACGCCUCACUCCCUCAAGUUCGCUGUGAGAACCAAAUGGAUGCAGUGACACUCGAACUGAACCUAGAAGAUAGGGUCUCGGGUCUGAUAGUCACUUUAUACUACUCGGUCUUCCCUGAAUGGGAUGUGCUGGUACGACGAGCCAAGAUGACUAACCCUCGGUCUGCCGCGUCACCAGUGGGCAUUGAUCGUUUCGUCAGUGUCACCACUGAUUUUGAGGCUGGUAACUACUACUUCACACAUUUUGGAGGCUCAUGGGGGAGGGAGGGGCAGAGGAUGAGCCAGGAGCUUUUGGCUGGCGCCAUGACGAUAGGGUCGACUCGUGGGGUGAGCAGCCACAUGCACAACCCUAUGGGUAUCAUUAGUAAAGGGCCGUAUAACGAGGAUGCUGGAUACCAUUGGGGAUUCAUAUUCAUGUACAGUGGUAGCUUUCUGAUCGAGUGUGAGAUCAACGAGACCAACAGGCUGAGGGUCAACGUUGGGUUCAACCCGAUGACGUUUAAGUGGAAGCUUUUCCCAGGGGAAUCACUGAGUACACCAGAGUCUCUGAUCAUUUUUAGUAGUUCGGGAGCUACUUCUCUGACUCACAAGUGCCACCGAAUACUGCAGGAUAGGAUAAUACCUCCGAGAUGGCGGUACACGCGGCCGCCUGUGGUAUGCAAUACGUGGGAGUCUAUGUACUUCAACAUCACUGAUGAUAGAGUCAUGCAGUUGGCUCGUCAUGCUGCUGCAGUCGGGGCUGAGAUGGUUGUCAUUGAUGAUGGAUGGUUUACUAAUAGGAAUGAUGAUACGAGAGGGUUGGGGGACUGGGAAGUUGACAAAGAGAAGCUCCCCCUUGGUAUACCACAUCUAUGUAACGCCAUCAACCAGUUGGGUUUGGGUUUUGGUCUCUGGAUAGAACCCGAGAUGGCGUCCCCUGGUUGUCAUCUACUACAGAAGUAUAAUGACUGCACAUUACAAGCCAAGAAUAGGCCGAUGACUAUGAGGAGGCAUCAAUUCCUGUUAGACUUUAGUCAAGAGAGGGUCAGACGAUACGUCCUUAAGAAGUUGAGGUCCAUCCUAUCGAGUUGCAACAUAGCAUAUGUGAAGUGGGAUAUGAAUCGUCAUUUAACGGAGGCUCAGAGUGCUCUAUUAUCUGAUGAUAGACCCCAAGGGGAGACCAUGCACAGGCAUAUGCUUGGAGUCUAUCAGGUCCUCGACUCUAUCACUUCCGAGUUCCCCCUGGUACGCUUUGAGACAUGUGCAGGAGGAGGUGGCAGGUUCGAUGCCGGCAUGCUGUAUUUUGGUCCCCAAAUUUGGGCAUCGGAUAACACCGACGCCUGCUGUAGAGCACGUAUACAAUCGGGCCUCUCUGUGGGUUACCCCAUGAUUACUAUGGGUAGUCACAUUACAGCCACACCUAACCAUCAAACUGGACGUAUUCUCCCUGGUAACGUAAGGGGAGUCAUGUCAAUGCUUGGAGCUAUGGGUGUCGAGCUGAACCUGAUGAAGGCUGAUGUCGAGCUCCUAGCGGAAAUACGUGCUCUGAUACACGUUUAUAAGACAACACUGGACUUUGGUCUUCUGAGAGGAAAUUUUUACAGACUGUGGGAUCCCUUCGACUCACACUCGACACAGGUAUAUGGUGCCGAGGUGACAGCCUGGAUGCAGGUCUCAGAGGAUCGGUCCCGUGCUGUGGUUAUGGCAUGUCUCCUGCACUUGAAAGAGGUUGGUAAGAUCAUCCCAAGGCUUCAAUUGAAGGGUCUAUCAGAGGAUACCCUAUAUGACAUAAUAGAUCUCGCACCGAGCUCAUACGUCCGUAACCCACAGACUCUACAAGUUGUGUGUAAUCCCGUACCGGUGUCCAAGUUCAGUGGUCUACAACUUAGAGGUGUCACUCUCAUGAAGGCUGGCUUACCACUCCAAUUCCUAUUCGAUGGGGAUUGUAGUCUAUUCGAGAUCAGAAGUGCUGCCUUGGGCCCCCGACCGGGACCAGCUGGCAGUACCGACUUCAGCAGUCUCACGGGAGCUCGGAGUCAGGCCGCCCUCCAUCAGCAUUAUUGA